AUGUUAAUAAAUAUAGAAAAAUAUGCCAAAUUGAUUUACCCAGCAAAUAAGGAAAAUUUAAUUAAGUUAGAAAGAAAUAGAGUAGUUAACUCGUAUAUCAAUAGGAAUAACUUAGUUGCUGUAUUAGAUAUCCCACUAAUUGAACGAGACAUAUACACACACUACAAAAUAAUAUCAAUUCCAAUAUCUAAUUCCGAUGUUACCCAUAUCAUAAUCCCAUCAUAUCCUUUCCUAUUGGUGAAAAGAUUGAAAUACCGAUCAGCGGUGAGUCCCUGUGAAGAAAUCGACGACGAAAAGUUCUUAUGCCCAGAGGAAAGUUUCGCAGAGUAUCCAGCUGAAACAUGUAUUGAGCAAAUAAUGCAGAUGAAAACCAACUACAGUAGCUGCCAGCAACAUAAUAUACGAUUGGAGAAUUUGAAAAUUCAGAGGAUCUUCAAGAACUAUUGGCUACUCUAUACCACUAAGGACUUGAUUAUAACUGAACACUGUCCAGAACAUAUAAAAAAAUACCAAGUGAAAGGUACAUAUAUAAUUAUACCUAAUCAAGAAUGCAGAACAAAGGUUGUAGACACAUUCAUCAACACUCCGAGGUACUUUGCGAAUAUCAAACUUCAGCUUCCCACAAUCGAGAUGCCAACCGUACGAGAGGAUGACAUCAAGAAAGAAGCAAAAAGUUAG